CCUGCCCUAAGAUAUCGUUAAGUUGCCCAACAUAAUCUUCCUAUGAUAUAAGUUGCGUGACACAAUCUACGAUGGCCCUCCUGACGCUUGGUAUCUUUGUACCAAUUCUCUCAGUACCUAUUCAAUCAUUCAUGCAUCCACGUAAAGGGACAAAUGUGGAGGGAUCUUCGUUUCAUUUUCAACCCCACAAGGAGAGCCAAUAAUGCCUGCGACUAUUAUACACGUCUUGAAGGCCUCGCAUAGAAUUAAUACCUGUAUCAAUUGAAAACGCAGUCUGCUAUGCUUUUAAUUGUAUAGUGGGUACAAGCCAAUUCCUCCAAAUACGAAUGGCUGUGGUUGCCCACUUUCAAUUUCCCUCCAAGUUUUUUCAGCACUCUCAAUGCCAAAUUCCUGUUAAUAAUCAAAUUUCCAUCAGACCCAUUUCCGCCAUGACCGCUCCAACUGCUCUCUUAAAUAGCAGAUUGGCAUCCAAUCAGAGUCAAUCUGUUACCAAAUUUAUCCUGUCACCAAAUAUGCGAGCCUUAUUGGUAGAGAAAUACUUCUCUAUUGUUCAGAAAUUAUUCAAUUACCCAGAGGAGAAUAAUACUCUAGGGAAUAUUUGGGUGUGGUGCAUUUCUCUUGCAUUAGUAUUUUCUGUGGCAACAUUUAAUAUAGAUGAUGCCGAUGCCUAUGUGGUAGCCUCGCCCAGAAAACUGCAGACUGAAGAAUUAAGUACAGUUAAUCUCUUCAAAGAUAGUACUCCAUCAGUUGUUUAUAUUACGAAUCUUGCAGUCAGGGAAGAUGUGUUUACACUGGAUGUUUUAGAAGUACCUCAAGGUUCUGGAUCCGGAUUUAUUUGGGAUAGGGAAGGGCAUAUCGUGACAAAUUACCAUGUCAUUCGAGGUGCCUCAGAUUUAAGAGUAACUCUUGGUGACCAAUCAAUAUAUGAAGCAAAGGUUAUUGGAUAUGAUCAAGAUAAAGAUGUUGCAGUUUUGCGCAUUGAUGCCCCAGAGGAAAAAUUGAAGCCUCUAUCCGUUGGAAGCUCAGCAGACCUUUUGGUGGGUCAGAAAGUGUAUGCCAUUGGAAAUCCUUUUGGCCUUGAUCACACUUUGACAACAGGAGUUAUCAGUGGACUUGAUCGGGAGAUUAAUUCAGCUGUAACUGGUCGUCCCAUACGAGAUGUAAUACAAACAGAUGCAGCCAUAAACCCAGGGAACAGUGGCGGUCCUUUACUUGAUAGCUCUGGAUAUCUGAUAGGCAUAAACACUGCUAUCUACUCUCCUUCAGGAGCAUCAGCUGGAGUUGGAUUUUCAAUUCCAGUAGAUACAGUAAGUAGCCUUGUUGACCAAUUGGUUAAGUAUGGGAAAAUUACAACACCUAUUCUAGGUAUCAGGUUCGCACCAGAUAAAUCUGUGGAGCAACUAGGUGUAACUGGAGUGCUUGUGCUGGAUGCUUCUCCAAAUGGACCUGCUAGCAAAGCAGGUCUGCAGCCAACUAAACGAGAUGCUUACGGGCGACUUGUUUUGGGGGACAUUAUCACAGCUGUAAAUGGGCAGAAGGUUAGCAAUGGAAAUGAUCUCUAUAGGAUUAUUGACCGGUGCAAAGUAGGAGAUAAGGUUACUGUAGAAGUUUUACGUGGAGAUCACAAAGAGAAUAUAUUGGUGACUCUCGAACCAAAAGCUUGAGAUACGGAAACAAACUUCUAAUGAAAGGAGUUACUUUAUACAUAUGAUAUGCUUCUAUGCCAUUUUGUAUAUCCAAACUUAUCUGAUAAUGUGUAUACCAAGCUCAAAAACAAAAAAAAAAUCUCUAUUGCAUCUGUAAAUAAUAUGAUUAUUCAAUGCUACAAAGAGCUUUCUUUAAAA